GUCGCAAAGAUGGCGUCGUCCGCCUCGGCUCGGCCUUCGGCCGGGAAGCGAGUGGUGAGUCAGGAUGAACUGCGGCGGCUGAUGAAGGAGAAGCAGCGUCUGAGCACCAACAGGAAACGUAUAGAAUCUCCGUUUGCCAAGUACAACCGUUUGGGGCAGCUGAGCUGUGCACUGUGUAACACCCCGGUUAAGAGCGAGCUCCUGUGGCAGACUCACGUCCUGGGAAAGCUGCACCGGGAGAAAGUGGCCGAGCUGAAAGGCGCAAAGGAGGCCAGCCAGGGGCCGUCCGCCAGCGCGGUGCCUCAGUCUGCCAAGAGGAAGGCGCCGGACGCAGAGGGCCAAGAGGCUAAGAGAGCGAAGGGCUCCCAGGUGCCCCACGUACAGCCCUCCACGUCCACUUUGCUCACCAGCGUUGACAGAGCAGGAAAGGAGCCCGCCAGAGCGACCCUUGGUAAGACUCCGGGACUUGGUUUGCUCCCUGAUUAUGAAGACGAGGAGGAGGAGGAGGGAGAAGAGAGACCAGAGGGGGACGCCAGCAAGCAGCCGCCCGACGUCCAGGGCAAGGAACACUCGCUUCCCUCCUCGCGGGACGCAACAAGUGGUAUGCUGCCCAGCGAUUUCUCGAAUACCAACCCUCCCAAGGCCCCUCUGGUUCCUCAUUCGGGGUCCAUUGAGAAAGCAGAAAUACACGAAAAAGUGGUGGAAAGGAAAGAAAAUACUGCCGAAGCAUUGCCGGAAGGGUUUUUUGACGACCCUGAGGUAGACGCGAGGGUACGAAAGGUUGAUGCCCCGAAGGAUCAGAUGGACAAAGAGUGGGACGAAUUUCAAAAGGCCAUGAGACAGGUCAACACUAUUUCCGAAGCCAUAGUUGCUGAAGAGGAUGAGGAGGGACGGCUGGACCGGCAGAUUGGGGAGAUCGACGAGCAGAUAGAGUGUUACCGUCGGGUGGAAAAACUGCGGAACCGCCAGGACGAAUUGAAAAAUAAGCUUAAAGAAGUCCUGACCAUCAAAGAACUGCAGAAAAAGGAAGAGGAGAAUGUUGACAGCGACGAUGAGGGGGAACUACAGGAUUUGUUGUCUCAGGAUUGGAGGGUGAAAGGGGCUUUGUUAUAGGUUUUCAAGGACCCGGUGUUUCUGACACCGUCUGCGAUUGUACAGAAAGUGCUCUCAUCGUGUGAUAGCGGUUACUUCACGCUUGGACUAGGUCUCUGUGGAACAAUAUCAGCCUGUGAAAAUAGCACUUUGGCAAGUUGGUUUAAAAUAUUUUUGAGGUAAAGCUGUUUUGAAAUUUUUUAAGUAUUAAAAAUGCCAACUUUUUCACAUAUUUAUGGAUUGAAAUACAUAAUUUGGGAUUGGAAAAAUCUAAGCUGUAAAUAUUGUAUAUAGUUAAAUACAUAUUUCCUUAGUAGUUCCAUUUUGAAAUUUAUAAAUUAAUAGAAAACCCACAGACAAGCUUUUAGAUGAAUACCAAGUGUAUUGGGGUAUAUAUGCCUUUUUCUUUUCUGACCCCUAGAUCAAACUCAAGAUGGUGGGAAAGCUUUGGGUUUUUGUUUUUAAGAACACUGUUCAUAGAUUGAUAAACCAUUCAGAGUUAAUCAGUUCUCUCUGUAUUCUGUUUCCCUUUCAAAAACAUACUGUAGGAGAACAUGGUAAAAAUAUAUGCCAAACACGACCAGCCUCCUUAACCCAAAGUUUCUCUUGAUUAAACCAAAGAUUCUUGGAUGUAGGUGCACAUGAAGGUCACCUACAGAGCCUUUAAAAAGAUGCACGUGAAUCAACUCUGAAGCUUUUUAAAAAAUUCACGUGCCCAAGCCCUACUAUUAGAUUCAAUAAAUCUGGAGUUGGGCCCAGGCAUCUGAGUUACUUUUAGAAGCUUCCCAGUUUAUUCUAAUUACACCAAAGUUGGAGAGCCACUGCCCUAAAUCCAGAACCCAUUUGUGUUUUUCAAGCUUUUUAUUUUUUAAAUAACGC